AUGACGAGGGAAUCCGGUGAUAAUGAAGAAACCACACCGUCGCCGGUUAAUGAUUCAAUGGUCCCGCGUAUGAUGUUUGCUACCGGUGAGGAACCAGUCGGAAUCCGAGUCCUAACCUACCAGUCUUCAAGAGCACUAAGACGGAUUCUUAACAGUCUCGACACAGACGAGAG